UAAAUUGCUUACCGGAUUUUUGUUAACUUUUAUUUCCGCAAUUUUCAUAAAACAUAUGAAGCUGAUAUUUACGUAUUGUUCAAAACACGUGCUCAAUAUCACAUGCCAUUAAAAUAAGGAAAUGCGAUGGGUUUCUCCUUCAUACAUAUAUAAAACAGGGGAUUUGCAAUCUGAAGAACUGUCUAAAGCACCAAGUAAUCAUGCAGCGCCUACUUGGAUCCAUCGUUAUUCUAGCGACUGUGUUCACGUUCUGUGAAGCUACCAUAUCUUCGGCAUGUUUGCGGUGUAUUUGUAACGUGGAAUCGGGAUGCAGACCCAUUGGUUGUCGCUAUGACGUGUACUCAUACUCCUGUGGCUACUUCCAAAUCAAAGAGAAUUACUGGGAAGAUUGUGGAAAACCUGGAACAAGUUUUAAGGCGUGUGUUAACGACUACACGUGUGCAUCCAACUGUGUCAGAGCCUACAUGAAGCGUUAUAUUAGAGGAAGUGGCUGUCCAGCAAACUGUGAAAGUUAUGCACGAAUCCACAAUGGUGGCCCGCGAGGAUGUCGACAUCCAUCCACUCUCAGAUACUGGGAGAAGGUGCAUCAGCAAGGUUGCAAUGUGAACAGUUAAUUGUACAGCCAAUAUGUUUGAAGUGUAAAUUGUACAGGCAAAAUAAUUAAAAAUAUGCAAUUCAAAAGAACAACAAACUUGAAAGGUCGAAUGCAUGUUUCAUUGUCCAUUCAAUAAAGUUAAAGAAGAAUUAUUGUCAUGCGUAUACAUAGAGUAACCUAAUAAGUCAAUGUUAUUAUAACCA